CUGCCUUUACUGCUAUAAGUUUCUGCAAGCAUGCAAAGUAUGCAGAGCACUCACAUACAGAGAAAGAGGCUUCACAGCAGCGGGCCUGUUGUGAGCGGCACACUUUGUCCAGUCUGGAUGCUUUGGCACACAGAAAUGGCUUCUGGAAUUCAUUUGGGGAUUUUGCUGAUUUGCUUAGUGCAAGCAGAGCAUGUAAGCUGUUUGUGGGACACACAAGUCGAUGGCUUCAACUCCAAGAGACAAACUGGUAACAAAUAUGUUGGCUUCUCACAACAGGAAAAUGGACUGAGACAACUCAGUGGCAGCUAUCCCCAGAAUCAAUUCAGACCAGCCUCCAUAGCUCCAGGAUCAACCAACAGCAAUAGCAUCCACAAAAGGACUGUAGUUAGUGGUGGUUACACUCAGGGGCUUUCCAGCAGGGGAUAUACUCAAAGUCUUUCGCCGCCAGGUCAAAGUGACAAAACUCCAGUUAGUUUAGUGCAUCAAAACAGCUAUGGUCGAGUUGUAGUAUCCAAACCUAGUUGGCGCACCAGCUCACAUCAAGUUGAGAGUCAGAGCCCCCCGAAUGAGAAGGGGCCGUUUGGUCUUUCUACCGCUAUAGCUAGUGGAAGUUCUGUGACCUCUAAAUCUCGGCAACGCCCCAAACUCCAACACCAGAAUGACCUUAGUGACGCAAGCAAGCGUGCUUUUAGCAUGGGGAAGGGAACAUGGCCAGUUCAGAGCAGUACACUGCGUACUGGCCAGUAUCUAUCAAGCCCUGUUCAGAGUCCUUCUAGGGAAAGUUACUCCUUCACAUCAGCCUCCCACCAGCCUGUAGGACAGAGUUCCAGCACUGCUACCAAAACUCCAGCCUACUAUGGUCAGAGUUCAGCCAUGCUAUUCAAGGAGCAAAGCGCAGGCUUCUUUCCCUCUAAUGGUGACUCUAGACAACCUCCUCGCCUGUUCACCAGGGGCACGCAUGUACCAAAGCAAGACUAUUCACAGCUGAAGAGCUCUGCCAGCAGCCCUGCUCGUAGAGUUUCUCUGCGUCGAACCAAUUUUGAAGCGCUGAAAGCUGCCCCACGUGCCCCUGACCAAAGUGAGAGCACAGAUAGCUACAACCCUAGCUAUUCUCAAGGCAUCAAAGCUUACCGCAGCCUGCUUUUCUCUGCGAAUGGAGGAGGGAAUGUCCAAGGAGAGCCCAACUUCAUUCCCAGAGCAGUGAAAUCAAGUUCCUUCAGCCAUGGCCAACCCGCACCAGCCUAUAGCCAGAACACUCCCUCCAGCCUCCUGCAGCAACACAGUGUACAGAUGCCGAUAACUCGGGGACACGUACGUUAUCAACCCAGCUACACCUCUACUGCUGAGAAACACAUCCCUAACAGUGUUGGUUCUCCCAAGGUCCUCUGGAACACCAGAACCACAACCCAGGAAGCUCACAACCUCCCUGCCUCUGGUUCAGGCCAGACACAAUAUGGGGGAACGGAAACCUCAGGUCCACGCUUUGCCCCAACUGUUGUUCAUAAAAUCCCUAAACCCUAUGGUGGCUUUCCUAUCCGACGGCUUAGAGACCCAGUUGAGAGUAUAGCUGAUGUAAAGAGGCCACAACCCACCCAGCUGACCUACACAGCGCCGCCACAGCAGAGGGUCUCCUCCACUCAAAAGGCCCAGGACCAUAAGAAAAGCAAGUGGACGAAGAUUCGACUAGGUUGAGGAAAUUUCUUGGAGCUAAAGGCUUUGCAGUGUUUUCAAAUAAAUUUCUUAAUCCAAA